AUGGCGGCAGCCCAGGCGCUCCUGGAUGAGGUCCAUGAAUGCCUCCCCGUGCAUGGAAACGACCACAACACCUACACACUUGGGGCCAUAGGUGAACAUAAUGUCGUUAUUUGCUGCUUGCCUAGCGGCAUAUACGGCACUUCGUCUGCACAGGGAGUAGCCGCCGGGUUACUGUCCAGCUUUCCGUCUAUCCGGUUUGGUCUCAUGGUAGGGAUUGGAGGCGGAGUGCCCAGCAAGGACGCGGAUGUCCGACUCGGAGAUGUGGUGGUCAGCAAACCAACAGGUAUAUGCGGAGGGGUGGUGCAGUAUGAUUAUGGCAAAUCAUUGACUUCUGAGGGCGCCGAUGGGUUCCAGCGCACAGGCAUGCUGAACCAACCACCCCAGUUCCUCCUAACGGGACUUUCUAAACUGCAGGCAAACCACCUUGGACAGUGCAGGCGCUAUCUGGACUUCCUGACGGCGCUCGAACCGUCGAAGCCUUCUCAGGAAGAGUCUGCUUUCGUUCGCCCGAUAGAGGAUGAUUGUUUAUACCCAGCUGAUUAUGAACAUGCUGAUUCCGAUUACUCCAGCUGCAGCUCCUGUGAUCCAGCCAAGGCCAUCUCACGCCCGCGACGUGAUCCCGCCGGAAUACCAGUUGUACAUUACGGACUUAUUGCAUCAGGGAAUACGCUGGUGAGAAAUGCAAGACUCCGAGACAAGUUGAGAAAGGAGUUGGGCGUCUAUUGUGUAGAAAUGGAAGCUGCAGGGCUGAUGAACAGCUUCCCCUGCCUAGUCGUUCGCGGUAUUUGCGACUAUGCGGAUUCACACAAAAAUAAGAAGUGGCAGGGAUACGCAGCUGCAGUAGCUGCGGCAUUAACCAAAGAGCUCCUCUUGCUGGUUUCGGGUUAUAGAAUUGAGCAAACACACCUCACUCAGGUUGCAGUCGCAGACUCUGCAGAAAAGUUCCGUGUGCCUUUCGACCUCCUGGGUGUGCCGGCUAUUGAUGAAUUUGUUGGGCGCCAGAACGAACUGGACAGCUUAUGGGCUGCACUACGACCUGGGGACCCCCAGAUACGAAAGAUAGCCAUUCUACAUGGACUAGGCGGAAUCGGCAAGACCCAACUUGUAAUCAGGUUCGCUAGGGUGCACAAAGACGACUGCAGCGCAAUCUUCUGGUUCAAUGCCAGGGACAGAGGUACAUUGACCCAAUCUCUGGCAUCUGCAUUUCCAAGAGUAACGGAGGAGAGAUAUCCAAGUUUCAUUGCAGGCAAGGACGAGAUGGGCCGCAGAGCACAGAAUAUGUUGGAAUGGCUGGAAAAAGAGCGAAACUCGAGAUGGCUGCUGAUUUACGACAAUGUGGACCAAAGUCCUUUACAAAACGAAGAUAGCGGACAUGGAGAGGUAUACGACGUAUCCGAGUUUAUACCAACGGCUGAUCAUGGAUCAAUAAUCAUUACUACCCGAAUCACGCAUUUGUUGGAGUUGGGCCAGGGCCAUGCAGUACAAAAAAUGAGCCCGAGGGACGCGAGACAUCUAUUGUUCCGCAGUGCUGGCCUCUCUAGCCAAGCAGAAGACGAUUUGAAAAUUGACCCUGAGAUCAAUGAACUCGGUUGCCGACUGGAUGGAUUGCCACUGGCAAUUACACUAGCAGGGUCAUACAUGCUACAAACCGGAAUGAGUUUCGGUCAGUAUCUGAAGCAUUAUCAGACAUCAUGGAGCAAAUUAAUGGCUUCCUCGGCACCAUCGCGGCAUUAUCCGUCCGGCAAUAUACUGACUACCUGGACGGUCAGUUACGAGGCGGUUCGGAAAACGCAUCCAAGCUCUGCAGAGCUAUUGCUUUUACUUGCCGUGUUUGACAAUCGAGACAUCUGGUUUGAAUUGAUACAAGGUUGCUCUCAAGCGUGGGAUCUACCUUGCUGGUUCUGCCAGGUUGCCUCUGACCAUCUCUCGUUUAUGGCCGCAAUGAAACCACUAAUCGGCUUCUCGCUCGUCGAGACGAAGCUAGAACAGGGAAGCUAUUCAAUACAUCCCGUCUUGCAGGACUGGUGUCUUCAUUCCAUUAUCAAAAAGUGCGAAAGCAGCCGUUCAGAUAGACUGAAGGCAAUGGCACUGGUGUCGCUCGGUAAUACGUCACCUCUUUUGAGUAAAACGGAGAAGUCGAGAUUGCAACAACGAUUGCUUCCACACGCGGAUCGGAUGUUGCAUUUACUAAGGACUUGGAAGGUACCUGAGGAACCAAACAUUUACCCGGCAGUUCAUGAUGUAGGCUGCCUCCACUUGAGCCAGGGACAACUGCGAAGGGCAGAGGAAUCGUACCAAUGUGCACUCGAAGGGAAAGAGAACCUUCUGGGGCCAGACGACACUUCGACUCUUGAGACAGUGAAUAAUCUGGGCCUGGUUUAUACCAAUCGUGGCAAGCUGCAGGAUGCGGAGCAGAUGUGCCAGCGUGCACUCCGUGGCAGGGAAAGAGUGCUAGGUGUAUCCGAUGUCUCUACCCUGGAGUCAAUCAAUAACCUCGGAUUCUUGUACACAAGGAAAGGAAAUCUGCCAAAAGCAGAAAGACUAUACAAGAGAGCAUUAUCAGGCUAUCAGAAAGCACUGGGUCCAAACAACACACGCACUCUCGACACAAUAAAUAACCUCGGACUCCUAUACGCCAAAUGCGGUAAAUUGAAGCAAGCUGGCAACAUGUACGAGCAAGCAACUGAGGGCUUCGAGAAUCUACUUGGCCCCAACCACACAUCAACUCUGAUUGUCGCAAACAACCUCGCAGACAUCUACUGUAGCGAAGGGGAAAUACUAGGGACCCGCCGUUUGUAUGAAGGGGCUUUAACGGGCUAUAAGAAGGUUUUCGGUCCAGACCACAAGUCAACCCUCAUGAUAGCCGACAACCUUGCAAAUAUUUCCAAGGAUCAGGCGAAUCUGUCCAGCAGCGAGAAAAUAUCCCCUCCAGGUCAUACAGACAGCCGCAAAACGAAAAGAGGGACUGUCAGUGGCAGCUGA